AUGACCACGGCAGCGUCGUGUCCACCAAGUCCUAAUCCCAGACCACCUCAAAAGCCAGCGCAACCUCCUGUUGUCACCCCACAAAGCCGUCCGACCGCACAACCACAGUCCCAAUCACCAGACCGCCCUCCCAUCACCCAGGUAGUCAGCGCUCCGCAGGUCCUCAUCACCACACCAGAAGAUCCGCAAGACAACACCGCCGGCGCGCAAAAGCGCAGCAAGCUCGCCGGCUUCAAAAAGGCCUACGACGCAACGCAGAAGAAUGCCGCCACGCGCUUUGCCACACGUCUCGUUACCAAGACGGCUUUUGGGGCCGUGUCUAACGCUAUUGGCGUGAAUCUGGGCGAUGCCAUUGAUGGAGUCAGCGGUAUGGCGGAUCUGGGCGGCACUGGCAUUGACGUGGGCAAUGUGAUCGGCAAUGCGUUUACGUCGGCGGCGGAUUCGACAUUUGAGGACGCUUUUGAUGGGGAACAAAGACCUGCUAAGCAGGAUGUGAAGAGCAAAUGGAAGGGGAGGAAGGGUAGUGCUAUAUCGGUGCCGUGA